AUGGUGUCUAUUAUAAGGUUAAAAAGCUUAUUUGCAGUACUCUUCUUGAUCACAGUAAGGCUCUCCAUUGUAUAUCCUCAACAAGAUGGAAAUGCAAGUAGAGAAGACAAUGCUAUUUCGACUGGAACGCUUCUAAGAGGUAGAAAAAUGGUGAUCAAUAAUGUGAUGAAGCUAGAGAAGGUGGAAGAAAAUGCCGCGACUUCAAAGAUCUCAAGUGAAAAACAAAGGGUUCAAGAGGUGGUGGAUUUGAAUGGAAGAGGUGAGCAGAGUGUUAGAAGUCUACUUUCUAAAGAGGUAGAGGAUGUUGCAGCUGGUUUUGUAGCUUUCAGUGCAGAUUACCAUACACCAGAACACCACCCUCCUAAAAAUAACUGA